GAGAGAGAGAGAGAGAGAGAGAGAGAGAGAGAGAGAGAGAGAGAGAGAAGCCCUACAUUAUAAGAAGCAAGUAGUGACCAGUCCCCUGAAUACAGCCAUUUCUUCAGUCUCACUGCCACCACCACAUCCACUACCGCCACCACAGUCAUGGCUCAAAAGUCACGUGCAGGUGUUGUCAAGUAUGGCAGCUACAAGUAUGAAGAUGGCACUCAGUACGUGGGUGACUGGAAUGACAAGGGACAGAAGCACGGGAUGGGUCACCUGGUGUUGUCAGACAGCACGCGCUAUGAUGGAGGCUUUGAGGCUGGCUUGUUCAAUGGUCUUGGAGUGAUAUCCUUCCCAGAUGGAGCAAGAUAUGAGGGGGAAUUCAUGCAGGGGUGGUUCCAUGGCCACGGCAUCUUCUGGCGCAAUGACAACAUGCGCUUUGAGGGAGAGUUCCGUGGAGGCCGCAUCUGGGGUCACGGUCUGGUAACAUACGCUGAUGGCUCCAAUGGCUUCCCACGUAAUGAGGGAUUUUUUCAAGAUUGUCGCUUCAUGCGCAAGACUCGCUGCCCCCAAGUGAUCCAGCGAGCACAGAAAGUGGCCCACAUUGCUCGAGCACAGAUGGAUCAGUAGAAUGGUAAUCAUGAUGCCAAGGAAUUUCAUUGAUGUUGAAGCUGAAGUUUCUCCAUCUCCUCAGCCAUAAGUGGCCUGAAGGAAUUUGGGGUUAUCUUCCUAAAAUCUGGUAAUGGAAUAAUAAAAGGCAAUAAAAGACUCA